AUGGAAUGCCAGAAUUGUGAAUUAAAACAAAGACAAUUCUGCUGCGAGAACUGUCUGAAACAGCACCUGCAAUCGUUUCGCCACCAAAUAUCACAAAUAGCUGCAGAGCGAGAUGCCUACAUAGCAUCCGCACAACGGUCCCUUAUCACGGUGGUCAACUCCCAACGUAUACGACGCGCAGACAUCAAGGGUGGCGAGGAGAGGGUGCGAGAGAUAUGGGAUGGCCUGAGCGCAUUGCGGAAGGCAAAUGAGAAGACUCGUGAACGUCUCCGCAGCCUGCGCGAAGAUCUCGCGAACCGUCGACGCACUUUAGCCGCAGCGAACACUCUUUUUACACAGGAACCUUCGAGUGUAGAACUGAACAGGCAGAUCGAAGAGGCGACGUACCAGCUGACCUCCCUGUCGGACACGAUCGCGCGAGCACGGUCCGGACUGGUGCAGGAGCUUGUGGAGGUGUUCAGCGUCGUGGAGGUCGGAGGCAGGCCUCCAAUCGGUGGCAAAGCGGGCACGAAGGGCGAGUGGACGAUCGGCGGGCUGGUCCUUCCCGUGCCGGGCGACAUGCGACGGUAUCCGCCAGAUCACAUUAACGCAGUUCUAACGCAUACACUUCACUUUCUCUCUCUUCUUGGGUUCUAUCUCGGCAGUAAACUCCCGUUCGAGGUCGUAUGGAGCCGAUCUUCGACCCCGCCGACGAGCUCGCAGAUAGCUGCCGCUGCGCCACCUAACCUACGGGGGAACGGCCUACUGGGUGUGGGCACGCCAUGGAUCGGCGCUACCAAAGGGAGCGAGUACGGUGGGUGGGCGAAAUGGUCGACGAAGCAUCCACUGCAUGUCUCCAUGUCCCCGCCACCUGCCUCCGGUUCUUCGUCUCCUAUGACGUCCUCUCCACCCGGCUCUCUGCGCCCGCUUGAGGCCGACAGCGCGUCUGCACAUGGGAGCUCGUUCACGACCGCGCUCGCGAUGCUGCUCUACAACGUGUGCUACCUCGCGCACACGCAGGCCGUCGACGUCCCGCUCGCACAGGCGGGCGAGGUCCUCGGCAACCUCUGGGCCGUCUGCUGCUCCCCCGAACUCGGGCGUCGCAGCCACGCGACCCACCCACGCCUCCCGCCGCCGACGCCGCCGAACUUUCAGCUCGAGUUCGCCCAGCUCCUCCAGGCGACUGCCGCCAACCCGUCGAGGGCGCGGGCGCGCACGAUGGCCGGAAACCCGAAGCGCAAGGUCAGGGAGGAGUACGACCCGAUUGUGGAAGAGGAGGAUUGGGACAUGGUCGACGAUGUCUCCGGCUGA